ACAUUUACGCAGGAAAAGAAGAAAAGAAAAAUCGACGGAGGUAAGAUGGGAGUGGUGAUAAUUGACGGAACGACGGUGAAGGACUUCGUGAGCGACGAGGUGCAGUUCAAGAAGAGCGUGGACGAGCGUUUUGCUGCUCUGGAUCUGAACAACGAUGGUGUUCUGUCCCGGUCGGAGCUGCAGAAAGCAUUCGAGUCGAUGAUAUUGAUCGAGACCCACUUCGGCAUAGAAGUGGCGACCCCGCCGGAUCAGCUGACGCAGCUCUACGAUUCCAUAUUCGAUAAGUUCGACUGCGACCAGAGAGGGACGGUGGAUCUGGACGAGUUCAGGGAGGAGAUGAAGAGAUUAUGUUGGCAAAAAAAAAGAUAGAAAGCGCCUAGGCGC